AUGUACUCUACCUCUGCGGCUCAGAAAGCCACCGCGCGUCGGUCGCGCACACGCCCCGAGCUCACGGACGAGCAGAAGCAGGAGAUCAAGGAGGCGUUCGAGCUCUUCGACACCGACAAGGACGGAUGUGUAGACUACCAUGAGCUCAAGGUCGCCAUGCGCGCCUUGGGAUUCGACCUCAAGAAGGCCGAGGUCUUGAAGAUCCUCCGCGACCACGACAAGUCGGGUCAUGGAUUGAUGGACUUCGAGGACUUUGCCAAGAUCAUGAGCGAACGCAUUUUGGCCCGAGACCCAAUGGAGGAGAUCCGACGUGCAUUCCAGCUCUUUGAUGACGAUAAUACCGGCAAGAUCAGCCUAAGGAAUCUGCGACGCGUUGCAAAGGAGAUUGGAGAUCGGUUAGAGGACGACGAGCUCCAGGCCAUGAUAGAUGAGUUUGACCUCGACCAGGAUGGUGAAAUCAACGAACAAGAAUUCUUCGCCAUCAUGACAGACGACGCGUAG